AUGAUUUUAUAGAAAGAAUUAGAGGAAGAUUAGAAAAGAUAAGCAUAUGAAUAGUUAGGUGAUAAUCCUACAGAAGUUGAUAUUAAAUAUGUUAGCUAUUUAUUGAAAAUUCCAUUACUUACUAUUAGAUAAUGGCUCGAUGAAAAAGCGGGAUUAGAUGUUUAAAUUGAAAUCCAACCAGAAGAAGAAAAAGAUGUAGAAAUUAUUGGAAUCACAUAAAAAAAAAUUAAAUUAUUAAGUCUAUAACAUAUUUAAGUAAAGGAGGAAGAACCAUCAUAAUAAUUAUAGACUUCUGAAUAGUAGAAAAAAAAAAAUAAGACUCCUGAACCUACUGAUAAAGGAAAAUAGUAAAAGAAGAAAGAAGUAAAUAAAUAAACAAUUACAAAUAAAAAGCUUUAAAAAUUAAAUUCUAAAAAUUAAAACAAUCCUAAUCACUAAACUUAAGAUAAACAACAGUAAGAUAAUAAUAGUAAUAAUUAAAAUUAGAAUUAAUAAAAUAAUUAUAAUUUAUUAAAACAAUUCGAUUAGAUUUAGCUUCAAUUAAAUGAAAUGGUAUAAAAUGAUAUUGAGAUUAAUCAAUCUUAAUAAGAAUUUAAUUAAAAUCAAAUUAGUAAAUAAGAUUAUUAGAUUUCUAAUCAAAAAACUCAAACAUAAAAUUAAAAUAAAUAAACUGAGUCAGUAACAAAACCACUUAGGAUUUGUAUCUAAAAUUAGGAAUAGCCUUAAAAGUAAUUAUAAUAAAAAAAUACAGAAAAACCAGUUACAUAAACAUAAUUAAAUUAAAGUCAAAUAAAUCCAGAUUUGAAUUAGAAUUUGACAAAUGGGCAAUCAUCAAAUAUGCAACAACAAUAAUAAAUUCGAAAAUAAUUUUUGCAGUCAAAUAUUUAAAAAAUAAAUACUUAAUAAUAAUAAGCAAAUAAUUAAUAGAAAUUAAAUCAGAUUCAAUAAAGUCAUAAUUAAAGUAGCGAAAAAAUUAAACAUAUUAUUGUAUUAGAUGAUGAUUUUAAUAUAAGUUAAAGUAAUAAUAAUAAUAGCAAAAGAAAGUAGGUUCAAUAAAAACCAAAGGAUUCAGAAUAAUAAAAUUAGAUUUUAAACCAAAGUCUUAAUAAAAAAAUAAUGAAUAAAGAUUAAAAUAGUUUAAAUAGAAAAAAUCAAAUACCAAAUCCUAAUUAAUAAAUAACUACUUAAGCAAAUCAAUAACCUUAAUAUAAUAGUCUAUCAGAUCAUAAUACAUCCUAACAAUAAAAUAAAAAGAUUGAUCUUUAAUUAACUGUAAAUGAAUAAUAAGAUUAAAAUUUCUAAAAUUAACGAAAUUAAACUUAAAAUGAAUAAGUAUAUAACCCAAAGAGUAUUUAAUAAUAAGAAUAAAUAUAAUAAAAAUAAAAUGCAGUAUAAGAAACCAAUAAUGUUUCUAAUAAUGAAUCAUAGUUAUAAAAAUAAUCAUCUAUAGUUUAUAAUUAGAAGUAAGUUUUAUAAUAAAAUAUAAGUGAGAUAUAAAAUAAUACAAAUAUUUAAUAGAUUAUUGAGUAAAAAUAAAUAAAUUACUAGGAGCAACAAAACUCAAAUUAGAGUUAAAAUGAAAUUUCUUAAGCGAAAUAAAAAAUUUAAUAAUAAAGAUUGUCAAAUGUAACUCAUUAAUCUUUAUAAUAGAGUCCUAACAGUCAACUUAUUCCUUAAAAAAAUUAAAAUAUAGAUUAUUUGAUAACUAAGUAAGCCUCAGUCACUUCUGAACUUAGUUUAAUCCAAUAAUAAUUAAAUUAAGCUUUACAUCAACCAAAUGUUUAAAAUCAUGAAAUUAAAUAGCAAUAUUAUGGUUCUUAUGAAAUGAUGUCAAUAUUGAAUUAGCACUCUUAAACAUUAACACAAGUAGUUUCUAUGUUAUCAACAAUUGGAAGUUUUUAAUUUUCUAUGAUGGAAAGAUUAAAUCUGAUCUAUAAUUCAGUGAACAAUAGUUGA